UAAAUUUUGAAGGUACCAAUGAAGAUAAAUAUACAAAUCUUAAAAAUUUAGAAACAUAUGCCAAUUUUUUACGAAGUGUUGAACUCGACUGUAUAAGUUACAUCAUUAAAAAUUUUGGCGCAUCUUGUAAGCAAUUUGAAAGUCUUAAGGAUUUUAAAGAUUAUAUUGAUAUUCUUUUGGAUAUAAUUCUUUAUGGUUUUUAUCAUGACAUUUAUGGUAAAAAAAUUUUUGAUAUAAUUCUUGAAAUCUUUGAAUUUAUCAAUAAAUUUCGCCCAAUCCACAAAAAAUCGUAUCUAAGUUUUUAUACAAGCUGCUAA